AUGUCCGAGUCUUUUGCAGACACAACCAGCUCACAGAGACCCAGCCUACAGAGGGACAGCCUACAGCGAGUCAGCUGCAGAGGGGGGCAGCCUACAGAGACCCAGCUCACAGAGACCCAAUCUACAGAGGGACAACCUACAGAGGGGCAGCCUACAGAGACCCAGCUCACAGAGACCCAGCUCACAGAGAUCCAGCCUCAGAGAUCCAGUCUACAGAGGGGGGCAGCCUACAGAGACCCAGCUCACAGAGACCCAAUCUACAGAGGGACAGCCUACAGAGGGGCAGCCUACAGAGACCCAGCUCACAGAGACCCAGCUCACAGAGAUCCAGCCUCAGAGAUCCAGUCUACAGAGGGGGGCAGCCUACAGAGACCCAGCUCACAGAGACCCAAUCUACAGAGGGACAACCUACAGAGGGGCAGCCUACAGAGACCCAGCUCACAGAGACCCAGCUCACAGAGAUCCAGCCUCAGAGAUCCAGUCUACAGAGGGGGGCAGCCUACAGAGACCCAGCUCACAGAGACCCAAUCUACAGAGGGACAACCUACAGAGGGGCAGCCUACAGAGACCCAGCUCACAGAGACCCAGCUCACAGAGACCCAGCUCACAGAGAUCCAGCCUCAGAGAUCCAGUCUACAGAGGGGGGAGCCUACAGAGACCCACCCGCAGAGGGGGGCAGCCACAGAGGACUGUAGUAUCCGCAACAUUUCCAGGCUCCGGACCGGAAUCAUUCACCUUCCGACACGGCAGCGCCAUCGGGAGCACUAG